AUGGCCAAGGACGCCGGCGCAAACGGCGACAAGGCCCCGGCUGCCAAGGAGCGCGACGACGACGCCGCUGGAGCAAAGUCGAGCAAGAGCCCAAGGAAGCGGCGCAAGGUCAACCACGCCUGUGUCUACUGCAGGAGAUCUCAUAUGACUUGCGAUCUUGAGCGACCAUGUACGAGGUGUAUCAAGCGCAACAUCGGCCACCUGUGCCACGACGAGCCGCGCGACGCCGACACAAAGAAGCUCAAGAACGGCAAGGCCGCUGCCACGGCAGCUGCCGAGGAAUCGGACGCGCCGCCGCCGCCGCAGGCACUGCCAGACGUGGGACGCAACCCCAUUGCCAGCACCAUCAUGGGGCCCCCGCCUGCCCUGGAUGGCUCGAGGCGGCACUCGUCGAGGGGCUUUGGGGCCGCCGCCGUCUUGGGCCAGGGGGCUCCGCUGCCUCUUGUGCAACCGGCUGCGGCGACGGGCCUGCAAGCACACGGCCUGGCCAACAGUGCGAGCGCCAACGCGAAUCAACUGACAGGCUUUUCGGACGCCUGGUUGACGGCUCAAAACUUCAACGACAUGAGCAGCUACAACCCCAACUACAUGGUUGCCCCCCACGUGUCUCACGAGUUCAACUUGCUCGACGACUUUCUGCACAGCGGGUUCCUGGACACAAACGGCCUGGCGCCGGACGAAAGCCCCCACAACGCAGCGCUCAGCAGAACGGGCCUGGCCGAUCCGGCGCCCGGCGUCGACGGCAAGGAGCAGCCCAAAAAAGCCCGCUCCCCGUCGGACAAGACGCGUGAGUACUACCUCCAGGCCGCCGACCCCUCGGGCAACGACAACGCCGAGGAGCGCAUGGCACGCGUGCUCCGGGCCAAGUCCGAGGCCGGGCUGCUCAAGCCCUUCAACUACAUCAACGGCUACGCGCGGCUGGGCAAGUACCUCGACGGGCACAUUGCGCCGUCGUCGAAGCAGAAGAUUCUGCGGACGAUUAACCACUUCCGGCCCAAGUUCCGCGAAAAGGCGCAGGGCCUGACGGACAUGCAGCUGCUGUACGUGGAGAUGUGGUUCGAGAAGAAGCUGAUGGACUAUGACCGCGUGUUUGCCAGCAUGGCGGUGCCGGCGUGCUGUUGGCGGAGGACGGGGGAGAUUUUCAGGGGGAACAAGGAAAUGGCCGAAUUGAUCAAGGUGCCGGUGGAUCAGCUGCGGGAUGGCAAGAUUGCACUGCAUCAGAUCCUGACGGAGGAGUCCAUGGUGCGCUACUGGGAAGAAUUCGGCACCAUCGCCUUUGACCCGGCGCACGAGACGCUGCUGACGGCGUGCUCACUCAAGAACCCGAGCGACGCGUCGGAGCACCCGAUUGUCAAGUGUUGUUUUUCCUUUUCGAUUCGGCGCGACGAGCAUAAGCUGCCCGCCUUGAUCGUGGGCAACUUUUUGCCGCAUGAUACCCCGCAGGAUUGA